GAGAGGCGACCACCAUGGGCCCUCGGAGUCGAGUCAGGGUGGCCAAAUGCCAGAUGCUGGUCACCUGCCUCUUUGUCCUGCUGCUGGGCCUCCUGGCGGCCACCAUGGCGGCUCUCACCUACUUCGGGGCCCACUUCGCCGUCUUCAGCCGUGUGUCCCCGGAGGGCUCCUCCUACCCGGCCCUGCACCGAGGGGCCUUCUUCGCAGGGAUCAGCCUGGCCGGGAUCCUCACCCUGGGGGCCGUGCUCAGUGCCGAGAAUGGGGGGAAGGGAGGGGGAGGAAGGAGGAGGCACCCUCCAGGCCGCCUGAGACUCAGGCUUGCAGACUCCGGGGCAGGCGGAGGGCAGGGAAGAAGGGGGGCGUCUACAUGGGGCAGAGUGGGGCCCUGCGCCCACGCUAGAGUUUGGGGGCUGGGCUUCCUGUGCUUCGCCCUGGUCUUCUGUGCCCUGGUGCAGGGCGCCUUCUGGAGGCUCCGCAACCCCACCCAGGUGGAGGAUGCCCUGCUGGACACCUACGAUCUGGUGUAUGACCAGGCGUUCCUGUGCUGUGGGAAGACCUCUCCUUCCGGCCUCCUGGGCAGCGCGGAGGCCGAGCUGUGCCGCGGACAGGAGGCGGCCACACAGGUGAGGGGGAGCCCCAUGCGGGAGACCAGGGCCUCUGCACCCCUUAGCCUCCCCCAGACCCUGGGGACCGGCCCCCUGCUGGGCUCGGGGAGGGCUCUCCCAGCUGGCAGGCUCCCCGGGGCCAGGCGCAGCGCCAGGCGCCAGACCCCGCCCUCAGAAGCCUCCAGAGGCGCGGGGGUUGGAGGUGAUGGGGCUGAGGGUGCAGAGCAGAGGCGGUCAGCCUGCAGGGGGGGAGCCCAGGAGCCCCGAGGGGCCAGGGGCACCCACAGCGUCCAGCCCAAGGACCCCUACUUUGUCCUGGUCACGGCACCGCUUUGCGACUGA